AGUCUGUAUUUGUUUGUGCACGGUGCGUGAAUAUUUGGACAGUCAUUCAGGUCCUUUCACUGCACAGUAGAGGAAUUAGAGAUGAACAAUAGGUAGAUGAGAGAUGUUGUGAGGCCAUUGUGCAAUAGGAGGUGAACAGUUAGCUGGCAUUUUCCAGAGCUGAAUAAAACCCGUUUUACAGGGGGCACUGGGUCCGUGGAUCCCACAACACACAGGAGUCAGUUCGCUCCAGGGUUUCAUCUGAAGAGACGUUACGGUUGAAGGAAAAAGUGGAGACCCACAACGCGCAGCGGCAAACAAGGACCUUGCCCGCUCUCUUCCAGUUCCUCCCUUCGAGGAUUGCUCGUGCUCUCCAGUCGACCGUGGAGCGGUGGCGUGAGAUGCACCCACAGCGUCCUCUGCCCCAGGCCAUGCCCUCCUCACUGGGCCAAAACCUGAGAGAUGCAGCUCUGAGGAUGGGCCAUGGCAAGAACCUGCUGGGAGGGAAUGUGGCUUAUGGAGUCAUCCAGUCCCUUAAAGAGUGCCUCUACUUCCUGCUCUGCUGCUGGUGCAUCAAAGAGAUCCUGGACUAAGAAAAAGAGCUUUUGAGCGGGUGGAUGAUUCAUCACAGAUGUGUUGAUGCUUUGGCCUGAAUCCAUAUCUCUUCACACAUGCAUAAACACUCAUGCCUCACAACUAUUAGAGGCUGCUGUAGCAAUGCACUUUAAAGCAGCAUAUCACACAGGCUUCAUAUGAAGAAC